AUGAUCAGUAAGGAUACAUAUGACGAUACGCAUCACAGUGAUUCAGUCAAAUCCGUUACCUUACAUUUAUCACCCCCAUCUACGACACUUCCCAAAUCAAACCCUCCAAUUAAUGAUGGAUCAUCGUUGACAUUUGAUGGACCAACGAUUAAGCUUCCAUCAGGUGAUAAGACGACGAUUAUCUGUGAGUCAGCAGUUAUUGGUGACGCUAGUAAGAAACCAACGCUGAAAUUUGCGCCAGUAAUCUGUGAACAAGGUCCAAGUGCACCAGCAUCACCUACAAGUCCCGAUGGAUCACGCUUACGACGUCCUCGUCCAUUAAAUGCAGAUGCCAUGGAACGCAUUAGCGUGUUGACGACGAAUUAUUUGGCAGCGAUGAACCUGAAUAAAUUAUCACCACUUAGUCCAUAUGCUACAAGCGAUUUAGGAUCCAGUCCUCGAAGUUCGAUAAGUUUAGCACCAAGCAGUUUAAGUCCAUGUUGGACUAGUUUCAGGGACAGCAAAAAGUCAAGCCUUGAAGGUGAUGGGGAUUCAGAUAUUUGCUCGAAAGAUCUGCUUUCACCCUGCAUGUAUUCUCCAGCACCGUUCAGUCCCUUUAGUGAUUGUACGGAACCACCAGAAACCCCGCUCUCUGCGUGUGGUGCAGGUGCAUCGCCUGCUCUUUCACCAUUACUCUCAAUGCAAUCCUUGCACUUCAAUUUCGACACAAUUCGAAGUUCCAGUUCACUCUCAGGUCGUGUUGAUGUUAGCCAUCAUCUUCUGGUACCUGAAUCAAACCUAGAUUUACAAUCUAGAGAAAGAAGUCGGUCGGAUGGUGAAGUGACAUGGAACGGAAACACUGAAGAAAUGGACACAUCCGUUGGACAGUCUACCAUAUCGAUUCCCACAAUAUCACGUCGUUUAUCGUCCACGUCAGGUCAAUACAAAAAACGAUUACUACAAAAGUAUGAGAAGGAGCAAGAAGAUAAAAAGGUUCAGAAACGUCAACCAAAUCAAUGUAUUUCUUUCAUCGAUACUCUUUGUCCAACUGAUUCAGAGACAGCGGUUAAUUUCAAACAGGAAUCAAAAGAGUCAGAAAAAAAGAAUGCUACAUGUUUGUUGAAUAAAGAGGAGACAGUUGAUGAUAACUUAUCGAAAUCGACAGUUGAGCCUCAACCAAAACAAUCAUUGUUACCAUCCAAUGAGCCAUUUGGAAGUCAACAGCAAUUUAAUAUUUGGAUGCAACAUCAACUUCUCACUUGGCAUAAUCAUUUAUAUCAAAAUUCAAAUGCAUUGUCAUCACUUCACAAUCCUGCCAUAAUUGGUAUGGGAGGAGCAUGCCUGCUAACACAAGCUAAAGAUCAUAUAUCUCGUGGAAUGACACGAAACACUAAUUCACCUGAAAUGGAAAGCAAUUUCGGACCAAUCAGAGCUGGAACAUUUUGGCGAAGAAGUCGUUCAGAAUCAGAUGUCACUUUUGGAAACUACGUAUGUCAGCAUUGUGGACAAGCAUUUGGAUUGCAUGAUAGGCUUGCGAAGCAUAUCGCUUCACGUCAUCGUGAUCGCUCAGCUUCGAUUGCUGGAAAAGAUGGUUCAUCGAAAACCCAUAAAUGUACGAUGUGUAACAAAUCGUUUGGUAGAAGCGAUAUGUUAACCAGACAUAUGCGAUUGCACACUGGCAUUAAACCUUAUGGAUGUCAAGUUUGCGGUCAAGUAUUUUCAAGGAGUGACCAUUUGAGUACACAUCAACGAACUCAUACUGGAGAAAAGCCAUAUCAAUGUCCUCAAUGCAACUAUGCUGCCAGCAGACGCGAUAUGAUAACGCGUCAUAUGCGAACGCAUAUUCGUCCACCGGGAUUGCCCGAAUUCAAUCCCUUAACAAUAAGCCAAUUGUCGUUGAGUCGCUCAAGUAGCCAGUUGCAUCAAUCAGACACGAUAAUUAGCGAUACUAUAGGCCUAGAACCGUUAUGUCUCUCUUCUAGUAGUUUGUUACCUGUUUCGUCGCAUCAGUUAAUAAAUCCGCUGAUGAUGUGUGCUGCGAAUGCUGUUGCUGCAACUACUGCGGUCGCUGUAACUGCUGUUGCUGACGACCGUCUGCCUAAUAGCGGAGGACUUCCAUUGUUACAAAAUUUGCCGUUUGCAGCAACUGCGCCGAAUUUAAUCGGAUCAAAUUUACGAGGAAGUGCAUUUACAGCUCAUGGUAAGCUUGCGACAUCGCUAUCGGCAGCAACGACUUCAUCGCAGAAUUCACUGUCCAGCACUAGCAGUUCUCUUGCUUUACCUAGCAAUAAUUCCUUACAAUCAUCGCAAUCGUCGCAAAUAAGUCCAACUUUAUGCCGACAAGCCAGUAUCGGUGGCUUUUCAUCCACCUGCUCAACCUGA